ACUAGGCGCGAAGCAGUUUGAUUUGGUGCGUAAACAUGAGAAUCAAAAUUUCAGUUCAUGGAGACAAAUUGUGAUGUAUACGAUGGCAGUUGUAAGCGUUCAAUUUGGUCAAUGCGGGAAUCAGAUUGGACACGAGUUCUAUUCGAUGCUUUCAGAGGAUGAACGAGUGAAAGUUGGAAGUGACUACGCGGAGUGUGACAGAUGGUUCAGGAACAGUGCAUUUCACAAUAUUCGGACAGCUAGGGCUGUUCUGGUUGAUACUGAACAGAAAGUAAUUCAUAAGGUUUCAGAGAAUGGUGUUAAGAAUCGGUGUCAUUGGCGUUACAGUACUGAAAAUGUUGUGGCAAGUGACGGGGGCGCUGGAAAUAAUUGGGCUUUAGGCUACGUUGAAAGAGGACCCAAAAUGAAAGAUAGGGUAAUGGAAUGUGUGAGAAAGGAAAUCGAGGAAGCCGACAGGCUGACAAGCCUUCUAAUUAUGGCUAGUUCGGCGGGAGGUACUGGUUCUGGUGUUGGCAGUUGCAUUGCAGAAAACUUAAAGGAUGAUUACCCCAACAAACAUAUUAUUAAUAUUUUAGUACUGCCUUACAAAAACGGAGACGUAAUUACUCAGAAUUACAACACUUUACUCACCUGUGCAAAAUUGUAUGACGUUUGUGAUAUGCAUGUACUGUUCCAAAAUGAUCAUCUGUAUAAAAUGGUUUCAAAUCUUAUAAAAACGAAAGAUAUCAACUUUAACGAUUUAAAUGCACUUAUAUCACUAAAAAUGAUGGCUGUAUUCCAGCCUGUAGAGAGGGGUGCAUGUUCCACAUUGCCAGAUAUUGUUUCCCAGUUGACACCUCACCCGGGGAUGAAGCUGGUAACUUUUAAGAGUGCUCCUCAUACUUCGAAAGAAACUGCACAAUACGAAAGCAGUUUCCUUUGGGAGAAUUUAAUACAGCAUCUGCUACAAUCAUUUCGUGUGAGCUCUGUUGGAGGGCAUAUCAUGAGUGACUAUGAAUGUAAAGCUCCAUCGCGGCAUUAUAGUUCUCGCUCUUCAGAAAUGAAAUUUUCCCCAUGCAUAUCAAAUGUGCUUUUUACAAGAGGGCCAAUGCCAGAAUUAUCACGAACAGAGAGAGCUAUGUUAUGUGAUCCUUUAAUGUACAAAAAGUGGGUUCCUGCCUCAAUGAGGUAUGUCCACUGUCACAGCAAUAAAAGAGUAAUGGGGACUGAAAAGUUUGCCACCCUUGCAUCUAACAAUAUGUUGAUGUUUGUCCCAAUUGAUGAAGUACUUGACAAAGCAUGGAAUAUGUAUACAUACAAAGCAUAUUUACACCAGUACAAGAAGUACAAUGUAACAGAGGAUGAUUUUAUUGUGGCCUUUGCUAAAUUAGAAAGUAUUGUCAAAAUGUACAAAGAUAUAGGAUAAUCUAUCUCUGGAAUUUGUUAGUGAUCUUUUUUUUCCACAGAAAAACAUACAAAAGAAAAUUUCCAUAAGGGCAUAAUUGUUUUUCUUGUAAUGAAAUGUGUGUUGUAAAUGUAGCACACCAUUAAACAAUAUACUUUCUUCAUAUAAAUGUAGUAUAGUAUUAAACAAUAUACUUUCUGCAUAGCCUAGUACCAUUCUAAACUAUACUGACAAAGAGAAAUUAUUGUUGUGAAUAUAAGCUAUGUCAACAUGGAAAGAUGUUUGCCGUUUUAUUUUUUGUUGGUGUUUGUAAAUUAAAUGUUGAUGCUAA